AUGAGCCCCGAGCCGGCGCCUCCGGAGCCGCAGGGCGUGCGCCGCAGCCUCGAGGAGCCCUCGGCGGAGCCCCAGGGACAGGGCUCCGCGGCCUUCCUCGCGGGCGACUAUGAGGUGGCGGCCGAGCUCUUCCGCUCGCUGCUGGCUGGCCUGGCCCAGCCGGAGCGCGGCCUAUGCUUGCAGCUGGGAGAAGCGCUGGCCCGCGCAGGCCGCCUGCCCGAGGCCAUCGGCGCGUUCCGUGGCGCUGCGCUGCUCGGCCCGCUGCAGCCCGGAGAGCUAUCCGAGCUGGCGAGCGGCCUGGCGCGCGCCCUGGGCCUGCGCGAAAAAAGGCCGCCUGCGGUGGUGAGGCCCAGCGGCUGCGCAUCCGGGGCCCCGGGGCCCGUGGCGCCGCGCGACCUGCUGGGCUGUCCCCGCUGCGGGCGGCUGCUCUACAAGCCGGUGACGCUGUCCAGCGGCCUCACAGUGUGCAAGCGUUGCGUGGAGCAGGUGCCGGCGCGGGCGCAGGCCCGGCGCGUGAACGUGGUGCUGAGCGGGCUGCUGGAGAGGUGCUUCCCCGCCGAGUGUCGCCUGCGUAGGCUGGCGUGCCAGGCGCGGGGGCUGCAGCGCCAGCAGCAGCCCGAGGCCGCGCUGCUCAGGUGCCAGCAGGCCCUGGACAUGGCCCCAGAUGACAGCUCAUUAUUGCUGCUGAGAGCUGAGUUAUAUUUAACCAUGAAGAACUAUGAGCAAGCCCUGCAGGAUGCUGAUACAGUUUGUCAGAGGGAACCUCUCCUGACCAAGGGGCACCAUAUAAAAGCCCAGAUUCUUUCUGGAUUGGGAAGAAGUAAAGAAGUGUUAAAGGAAUUUAUCUACUGCCUUGCUUUAAAUCCUGAGUGCAACUCGGCGAGGAAAGAAACACAGAAGGUAAUAUGUGAGGUGUUCUUCUCAGCUUCAGAAAAUGAGGAUCAAACCUCAACAUCUUCCACCGAAACCGGACCAAAGGCCCUUUGUGAUGGCCAGAUGAAUUCCCAGUAUCCUCUGGAAGAAGCAGGCGGUCAAGCUAAUGCAGACAGUCCUAAGACACCAUCUGAGAAGUUGGAUAUACCCGCAGAUGCCAAUUCUUCGGUUUUAUAUUUUAUUCUGGGCCUCCACUGUGAAGAGGAUAAAAAGGCACUGGAAGGCAUCAUCCCAGUGGCACCAAGCAGCACCUUGAAGAGGCAGCUUCCCAGUGAUGCAGAAGACGACGAGCUUGGUGUGAAUACCCCUGAGAAGAUUCCCAAGAAAGAUGCAGAUUCCUCACCUCAGAGGAAUUCGAACUCUCUAGAAGAAGAGCCAGAGUUCACAAUUGAUGCAACUGACUUUGAGUGUGCGCUGUGCAUGAGGCUGCUCUUUGAACCUGUCACUACACCCUGCGGACAUACAUUUUGUCUCAAAUGCCUUGAGCGCUGCCUGGACCAUGCCCCUCACUGCCCACUGUGCAAAGACAAGCUUUCAGAGUUGUUGGCAACCAGAAAUUUUAAUGUAACUGUUCUGACUGAAGAACUGAUAUUCCGAUACUUAUCUGAUGAGUUAUCUGACAGAAAGAGGGUCUAUGAUGAAGAGAUGUCAGAACUGUCCAAUCUGACCAGAGACGUGCCCAUCUUUGUGUGUGCUAUGGCCUUCCCUACGGUUCCCUGCCCUCUCCAUGUGUUCGAGCCCCGCUACCGGCUCAUGAUAAGGAGAUGCAUGGAGACUGGCACCAAGCGAUUUGGCAUGUGUUUAUCUGCCGAGAAUGCAGGGAUUUCAGAGUAUGGCUGCAUGUUGGAGAUAAAGGAUGUCAGGACUUUCCCUGACGGAAGCUCUGUCGUGGAUGCAGUUGGGAUUAGCCGCUUCAGAGUCCUAAGCCACCGCCACCGAGACGGUUACAACACAGCGGACAUUGAGUACCUGGAGGACGAGAAGGUGGAAGGUGCAGAGUUUGAAGAACUUACCGCCCUCCACGAGUCUGUUUACCAGCAGUCUGUUUCCUGGUUUGCCUCACUCCAGGAUCACAUGAAGAAACAAAUUCUAAGCCAUUUUGGGUCAAUGCCAGAAAGGGAACCAGAGCCACAGAGCAAUUCUAGUGGCCCUGCCUGGUCUUGGUGGAUUCUGGCCGUGUUGCCCUUGGAACGAAAAGCUCAGCUGGCCAUUCUUGGCAUGGCCUCUUUGAAAGAGCGUCUUCUUGCCAUUCGACGUAUAUUAGUCAUCAUCACACGUAAGCUGAAUAGUCGCCAAGAGAUGGCUAACAACACACAGAGAGAUAAUUGA